UGUUUUAAGACAUUCAUUCCCUUGUGUUGUAUACCGUUUUCCAUGGCUUCGUUCUCCAUCUCCACCAAGGUGGAACCUGAUGCCGAUGACGACUGUGUCGCAGAGGAAGAAGUGUUUCAUUUUUCUUAUCUUUUUCAUUCUUUAGUAAUUCAUUGGUUUCUGUCGCUCCAGUGUCAUUAUAGAAUUAGAGCCAAUGCCAAUUUACUUGCUCUCCUUGCAUUGCAGUUUGAGAAUUUUGAUGAUUUCACUAUUGCUUCUCCAUGGGAAAGAUUUAUUUAUGAAAUAGAGGCAGUUUGUCGGGAUUGGAUGACUGAUAGUCCGAAGAGGUUAUUGGAUAAAGGUGCAGUUGCAUUAGUGUAUUCGAACUAUUCGUACAAGGUCAACUCUGAAUUGAAGUAUGGCACAGAAAGUUACUGCAUGGAGUACUAUUUUGAGACCAACAAUAAUGGGGUAAGGCCAUGCACAUUUGAUCUAUCCUCCCCAAACACACUAGGCCAACCCGGCACUGCAGACUGGAGGUCUGGUUUUCAUGAUCUGCAAUUAUGUUUUGGUGUAAAGGAAUUUUUGGUGAUUUCUCCUAAAAGUGUAAGCAGUACUGUUCUUGAUGCACCAGAGGCAAGCAAGCUACUGAGUGCUGUUGCAAUUGCUUUGUCAAAUUGUUCAAGUUUAUGGGCAGCAUUUGUUCCAGUUCAUGAUCCUUCACGUAAAGCAUACAUUGGAAUUCAGAACAUGGGUACUGUAUUUACUAGAAGGUUUGAAGCAGAUGGGAUUUGUAGUCAGGUUCCGAGAAGACUGAUGCAUUUGGAAGGCUUGUAUGAGUUGUUUGUAUCUAAGUUUGUGCACUCCACAUUGGAUCUUCCUACUAAUUUUUUCAAAGUGCAAUUUGCAAUGAUGUUAACAUAUAAAAUGCUUGCUCAUGAUGAUUACAAUAUGAAAGCCAUUGAUGCUCAAAAUACAAAUUCUGGAGAAAAUCUUACUGGUGAAACAUCUAAUGAAACACUGUGGGAUAAUGAUUGUCCUUGGAGUGAGUGGUAUUCUGCAGAAGAUCCUGUUAAAGGUUUUGAGCUGAUUACGAUAUGGUCAAAGAAGAUGGUUGAAAGCUCUUUGGAAAUGGCUGAACUGGAAAAUGCUUCACCUUAUGAAGCUGAGAAGUGGUUGAUCUGUCCGAUUUGUGCUCCAAAACUGCCUGAAGUUUCUGAAUGGAAUCAAAUUGGAUUUGCAUCCCAGUUGCAUAUUCUAGUUGAUGCGUUGAAAAUGUCGUUCAAGGCCCAAUUUAUGGAAAAUUUUGUUUCAGCAGAUGAUAACUCUGGUUCUGAGAAUUUGAAUUCCUCAAUGGUUAUACUGCCACCAACUGUCAGCGAUCAAGUGCUGAAAGAGCUAUUUCAAGAAGGAGUACAGGUCACAUACUCUGCUUAUGGGGGAAAUAAGACUUCGGGAGCUAUAAAAGGCGCACCUCUUGAAUCACUCUUUGCACAAUUUUGUUUACAUUCUCUUUGGUUUGGAUAUUGCAACAUUAGAGCUAUUGCUGUCCUAUGGAUAGAGUUUGUACGGGAGGUUAGGAGGUGUUGGGAAGAGUCACAAUUAAUCCCUCGAAUGCCAGCAAAUGGUCCAAUUGACCUUUCCACUUGCUUGAUUAACCAAAAACUUCAGAUGCUUGCAGUAUGCAUUGAGAAGAAGUGCGAAGUGAAUGAAGAUUAUCAAGAUUGUAUUGGUAGUGAAGAUCAAAUUGAGUCUAUGACUGAGGAGGAAAGUGUGGUUGGGGAUGACUCAUUCAAAAUGCGUAUAAGCUGUGGGGAUUUUUCUGGGAAUGUUGACAGCUUUCCCACUGCUGGUGAUAUCCAUUAUUCCGUUAAAACAGUAUCUGCAUUUAGUGGAAAGCAUUCAGAUGGUGACGAUAAAAAACCUUCAGAUAUCACCAGGAGAGGUUCAGCUAGUAUUGCUGAUGCUAUGAUGCUUCUAAAGUCAAAUGAAAGCAUGCAUGCUCCAUACACCCAGGAAGCACCACUUAUGACAGAAGACAUGCAUGAGGAGUGCCCCCAGGAUGUUGAAGACUUUAGCGAUUCAUUCAAUUUCUCUACCCUGGUGGAAAGGGACACGUUAGCUUCAGACAUGUCAGCAUUUAAAGCAGCAAAUCCAAAAGCUGUUUUUGAAGAUUUUAUUCGCUGGCAUUCACCUGGGGAUUGGAUAGAUGAUGAUGACCUUGAGGUUGAGAUGUCUAAAGAUAAUUCAUCUCCAAGAGGAAAACUUUCGAAGAGAAUGUCCAAGAAUGGCAACUCGUGGAGAAAUAUUUGGAGCCGCUCACCUGCUCUUCCUUUUUCUGAACAGAAGCCUCUUAUAGAUCCAAAUCGAGAAGGAGAGAAGGUUAUUCAUUAUCUGGAAACUUUACAACCACAUCAGUUGCUUGAGCAAAUGCUGUGUACUGCCUUUGGAGCAGCAGCCGACACCUUAAUCCAAACCAAUUAUGGAGAGCUGAAACAGAUGGAAACUAUGAUGCAGCACCUUUACCUUACUUUGCCUCCUGCUUUGAAGCCCUUGCAAGAAAAUCGUUUAUCUGUUGAUAGUGAGACUAUUGAAGACCUAAGACGACUGUGCGUUGUUUUCCAACACGUAGAGAAAUUACUGACUCUUGCAGCUUCUCUUCAUCGCAAGUUUUUACAAGCACCACGCCUAGCCAGAGAAAUUUUCAGUGAUUUCUACAACUUCUAUAUUCCAAGAAUGGGAAUAGGCCUGAUAGAAGAAAAGGAGUUUGACAAAAAACAAGCAGUGUGGAAUGAAGAGAGAGAAGUGGUGGCAAAUAUGCUUGUUCAACCCACAGCAAACCAAUCUUGGAGAAAGGUUUUGAGUAUGGGCAAUCUUCUCAAUGGACAUGAACCAAUUCAAAGGGAGAUUAUUUUUUCACUGCAUGGAGUGAAUGGUAAUCACUAUGCUAUUCCUACUGCUACUGUUUCCCUACAAAACAUUGAAACUUACCGCAUGUAUAUAUGUGGAACUUCUAAUGAUCUAAGGGUUGCUCUCUCUGUUGUCUCAUCUGAUUAAUUUAACGGUGUUUGUUGGUUUCAUUUGUAUGUU